AUGGAUGUUGAUAGCAGCACCAGCACUAACACUGCAGAUUUGGAGGAACCAAACCUGGAACAGUCCGAAGGUGAACAGCUUGAAGACACUGGAGGUGCGCAGUCCAAAGAUGAAGAGUUGGAUACAUCCAGAGGCGAACAGUCCCAAGAUUCCUACAGCCAGCAUUCCGGUGAAAGUGAACAGUCCGAAGAGUCCGACAAAGGUCAGCAGUCCGGUGAAAGUGAUCAGUCCCUCGAGAUGAGAUUUGUGACGCUUUUUUUCGCUUUCUUGCCGCAUGAUAGUAGACUGGCCAAUGGGGGGAAUCCCUUGGAGUCAGGGCUCUUAACGGAACUUUUACCCGUCAAGAGAAGGACGCCGGGAGAUCAACCAAUUGUUGACAACCAGCCAGGACUGUCUGCGAGACGCCGAGUCAAGCCUGGCCAAGUCAAAAAUGACCUUUUGCUUUUGCCACCUUCUCGCCGUAGAAGCCGGUUACUCAGGCGGUUCAUCCGGCGGUAUGACUAUCCCGAGAGGAAUCCCCGGCGAUUGUAUCUGUUAGCCGUUUACCACCAACUUGUCGCCGAGCUGGGGAUCAUUGUAGUUCCGGAGUAUCUUGGAAAAUACCGUAAAGCUAAUUGGACCAGUUAG